CGCGGAGUGAGCGGACCGCAAAGCAAACGCGCCGCGCGGCUCGAUGACGUCAUUGGGCGUUACCUCCCGGGCGGAAGCCCGCGGAGCGCAUCACGGGCCAGCGCGGGUCCCGGGUCUUCGGCUGUGAGCAGAGGGGAACCUGAGUCGUGGCGCUAGGAUGGGAAACAGUGCCCUCCGCGCUCAUGUGGAAACCGCGCAGAAAACGGGUGUCUUUCAGCUUAAGGACCGUGGGCUGACCGAGUUCCCCUCAGAGUUGCAGAAGCUGACGAGCAAUCUCAGGACCAUCGACUUGUCCAACAACAAGAUCGAGAGCCUACCGCCUAUGAUAAUGGGGAAGUUCACUCUGCUGAAGAGCCUCUCCUUGAACAACAACAAACUGGCUGUUCUUCCUGAUGAGUUAUGCAAUCUGAAAAAACUGGAGAUGCUAAGCCUAAACAACAAUCACUUGAGAGAGCUGCCAUCUACCUUUGGGCAACUGUCUGCCCUCAAGACUCUGAGCCUCUCUGGGAACCAGCUACAAGCACUACCACCCCAACUUUGUAGCCUACGGCACCUGGAUGUGGUGGAUCUCUCCAAGAACCAGAUUCGAUGCAUACCUGACAUAGUGGGGGAUCUGCAGGUCAUCGAACUCAACCUCAAUCAGAACCAGAUAUCUCAGAUCUCAGUAAAGAUAUCUUGCUGUCCUCGCCUUAAAGUUCUUCGCCUAGAAGAGAACUGCCUUGAGCUCAGCAUGCUUCCACAGAGCAUCCUCAGUGAUUCCCAGAUCUGUCUUCUUGCUGUGGAAGGCAACCUUUUUGAAAUAAAGAAACUUCGAGAACUAGAAGGCUAUGAUAAGUACAUGGAGAGGUUCACGGCCACCAAGAAGAAGUUUGCAUGAUGUUCUCCAGGAGCAUGGGAACCUUACAGGACACUGACUUGGAGCCUGUUGCAAUCUGGCUGAAGCAAAGGCUCCUGUUCUUGUCAAGGAUAUAUGCAUUAAGGAGAUGAUACUCCAGAUUAUAUUUCACUCUACUUUUUUCCUUUCUAGGGCUCAUCUCAAAUAAGCUAAAAGGAAUCGACAGGAAGAGUCCUCCAUUUUGAGUCAUGGAUAGGGCAAUGAACAAUGCUGAUAUUCAAAACUAUCAUUAAUUUGGCUUUAAGAAACCAGUAGCUAGUUACUAUUUAUACAGUGAGGGGAUGCUGCCUGGUAAUAAUAGAAUAGCUGCACACCACAGCUUGAAAUUUCAUGUCUAGUUUCAAUGUGUGAGCUUUCAUAAAGUCAGUUGCCAUUCCACGUCUGUGUAAACACUUCAUAUUUUUAUGAAAUUCAAAUAAUUUGUGAGAGGCUGCUAUGGUUAACUUAAGGAUUUAGGAUUUUAUUCCAGUCCAUCAGUUCAACUGCAGUGUUUAUACUUGGAAUUUAGGAUGUACAUAAAUAUGUGACUGUCUUGAUUAAAAGUGUACUUUGUCAAGAGAAGCACCAACACAACACUAAGAUGUUCCCCAAGGCUGCAGUAGCAAAUUCUUUACUACUGCAGGUGCCUUAUUGGUAGAGGGCUCUGAACUAAAACUGUAUAUGCAAAACUUGUAAGAUACAAGGGGUUUUAAUAAUCAAGAUUUUUCCUGAAGCUUUGUUAGAAAUAAUGUCUUAUUUCUGGUAAUCCUUUUCCCUUUUUGUAUUUAUAAACUCUACUAAUCAAAUUACCUAUCAAAAAACUACUGCUACAAUAUUUUAAAACCACCUGUAUUUAUCAAGUUUAUUCUCUGAAUGAGAGACUAUACUAAAUAAAGAAUUUUUAAUGAA